AUGAAAAAACAUCAUGUAACAUUAGAUGACGUUGAGCAACGUAUUGUACAGCUUAAUGCACACUUACCACCUGAUGCAAAGCGUCGCAUGGCCAAGGCGGAAUUUAAACGGCUUAAACAUUGCGAGACAGUCCGCCAAUCACGUGUGCGCAAGAAGAAUGAACGGAAUGGAUUACGAGAAAUUAAUGAGCAAUUAGAGACCGAGUUAAGUACGAUCCUAACCGUCUAUCGUCAACAGCACAAGUGGAUGCAAGAGGUGGAUGAAGGACAGUCUCAUCAAAUCAAGGACAGUCUAAUGAAGAAAUUUGUAUACUCAAUCUAUGAAGUUCGUGGUCUUCGAAAAGAAAAUGCCGACCUUCGUGAUCAAUUUCUCAUUUAUGAUGCACUGGGAGAACAAUUACAACGACUACAGACUGAUUUUCACAUUCCGAGACAAGUUGAAACGCGAUUGUCCAUUGGAACAAUUCAUGUUCAACAACUUAGUGUCGAAGAGGCACGAGGAAUUAUGUUGGAUUCCCAUCAACAAUCGACGUCCUUUUUUGAAACAAUGCAACGGAUUGAGACAGAUGAGAAGGAUAAAACCAUGGGCUGGACACAUCAUCAACGGAUUCUGCCAGAUGGACGCGUACAGUUUAAUUUUACAAAGAGAAUUCAUACCAUUGGCACGGAAGAACUUGUGCACAAGAGCUGGGAAAUGUACUGCGAUUUUCGUCUCUAUCACGGAAUCUACUCGUCCGUACAGAAACUUGAGAUUUUGCAAAGGAUUAAUGAAAAUACGCUCUUGAUUCGACGAGAUCUGCAGGAAGGUAGUUCGGCGCCAAUCUUUCGCACGGUAUUCCUGCUCUUUCGUAUCCGAUUGUCAAAUGGAUACCUUAUCUGCUUUCGAUCUCACAACCCUGCAGUAUGUAUUGAGGACGAUGACGAUCCGAAUGUGCAGUGGAUGGAGAUGUUUUACUGGCUCAUGAUUACAGACGUGCCAGUUGAGGAAGUGGAUGAAGGUGUUGUGAGUUCGUCGAGACCGCCAGUACAAGGAUGUGACGUAUCAUUUGGUGGCAAUCUACUGAAUAGCCGUAGCGCCCAUCACGCGACGAUCUGGAAGUAUCAGAUCGCCAUGGCAUUGCUGCGAUGGGAAAGCAAUGCUGCUGCGCCAUUAUUUACGCUCUAUGGAUAG